GGAGCGUGGAGGGACUUUCAAGUGUUGGAUCAGGAAAACUAUACUACAGGUCUGAGGUCCUUCAUCCUGACACCCAGAUAGAACAGAAGAGCAGGUGACGACAUGGAUGGAUGUAACAGGGUGAAGCUUCAGGCCCGAGGCUGACAUGGACUGACAUGACCUCUCCAUCUGGCUGUUUAACUUGAACUAAACCUCCUGAAGACUUGCUGUUACAGGACAGACUUCACAGGUCUGAUCAGUUCUGGUGAUGACUGAGCACCAGGUCUGAAGUGCAGUAGAAGUUGAGGGGAGUUCACUCAUAAGAGUUGGAGACCACUGGAGGCGCUAUGGAUAUAUACAAAUGUUUAAGCUUACUUUUCUUCACUCUUCCUCCACAAGUUUGUUCCCAAGUUGGACCUCGUGCCCAUGCUGAAGAGAGGCUGCUCCAGGAUCUGUUUGCACAUUACAAUAAGCUUUCCCGGCCUGUAGAAAACACUUCAGACACCGUGCUGGUUCACUUUGGACUGUCUAUUGCACAGCUUAUUGAUGUGGAUGAGAAGAAUCAGAUGAUGACUACAAAUGUCUGGGUCAAGCAAGAAUGGAAUGAUUACAAGCUCCGCUGGAACCCGGAGAAAUACGAAAAUGUCACCUCCAUCCGUAUUCCUUCAGAGAUCAUCUGGAGGCCCGACAUUGUCCUCUACAACAACGCUGAUGGUGACUUUGCGGUAACUCACCUCACGAAAGCUCAUCUGUUCCACGAUGGUCGGAUAAAGUGGAUGCCACCAGCAAUUUAUAAGUCUUCAUGCAGCAUAGAUGUUACCUUUUUUCCUUUUGACCAGCAAAGCUGCAAGAUGAAGUUUGGCUCGUGGACCUAUGAUCGUGCCAAGAUUGAUCUGAUCAGCAUGGACAGUGACGUGGACCAGAUGGACUACUGGGAGAGUGGCGAGUGGGUUAUCAUGAAUGCUGUGGGCAAGUACAAUACCAAAAAGUAUGAGUGCUGCACAGAGAUCUAUGCCGACAUCACUUACUACUUCAUCAUCCGAAGGCUUCCGUUGUUCUACACUAUUAACCUUAUUAUCCCUUGCCUGCUUAUCUCAUGUUUGACAGUGCUGGUGUUUUAUUUGCCAUCGCAAUGUGGAGAGAAGAUUACCUUGUGUAUCUCAGUGUUACUGUCUCUAACAGUGUUCCUCCUGCUGAUCACAGAGAUCAUACCGUCUACAUCGCUGGUGAUUCCACUGAUUGGUGAAUACCUGCUGUUCACCAUGGUCUUUGUCACGCUCUCCAUCAUAAUUACUGUCUUUGUGUUAAAUGUACAUCACCGCUCGCCACAAACCCAUGGCAUGCCUCACUGGGUGCGGAGAGUAUUCCUGGACUUGGUGCCUCGAGUUCUCUUCAUGAAGCGUCCGCCAGGCACAGCAAAGCAGCACUGCAAGAAGCUUAUUGAGAUGAUGCACCGUCCAGCCACGAUAUCUGCAACAGGCAACUCACAAGCUUUUUGGAUGGGGUUAGAGACAGAAUUGAGACAAAUGGCACAACUAGAGAAUACACUCCCAAAGACACCGUCUGACAGUCCAAGCAUUCUUGUGUGCUCACCUUCUCCACCAUCUUCCCCUCUUGAGGACCACACUGAGGGAGAUCACCCACUGAAGGCCAACAUUUUCAGCCGGUCCACAUCCGGUCAGUAUUCAGUUCUCUCAGACAAACAACCCCUACGUGGACACAACUCAGCAGCCUCGUCCUCUUCCCAGUUGUCCUUGCCCCCAUCUUUGCCACUCUGCCCGCUUCGCAGUCUGUCCAGGGAAGAACCAAAUACACUGGCCCCAAACGGCCGCUCCCACAGUGUAGAACAAAUGUGUGACCAACAGAAGGAGCUUCCUCAGAGAGCUGGGCAUCGGUGUCGCUCCCGCAGCUUCCAGUACUGCUGUCUGCAUGAUGAAGGGCGUGGGGUCAUGGGGAUCACAGGGAGGGUGAAAAAACAAGCCCUACAGACCCCUACAGAAACCCUCACAGCAGAAGCCACUAAAGAUGCGAGUACUCAGCAGGACAUCAUGGUUCCAACUAUUUCCCCAGCUAUGCAACGGGCCAUAGAGGGAGUUCAGUACAUUGCUGAUCAUCUCAGGGCAGAGGAUGCAGACUUUUCAGUGAAGGAGGACUGGAAGUAUGUGGCCAUGGUCAUUGACAGGAUAUUCCUCUGGAUGUUUGUACUGGUCUGCAUACUGGGAUCUGUGGGACUCUUUCUUCCUCCUUGGCUGGCUGGAAUGAUCUAGAAUCUCACCAUCAAGGAAAGGAAAGUCAAUAACACUGACAGGAGAACGUCUUUUCCUCUAUUGUAUAAAAAGUUUUAUCUAUCUUUUUAUUUUCUACUUUUCAAAGGAACUACAAGUCACUCUCCUUGCUCUUGCCCUGGGUUAUCAAAAGGUUACUCAUGGAGAAAUGAGAUGAACUAUCUAUCAUUGAUUCCAGUGGGCAUAUAAAUUCUUUAUGAGGGCAAAAGGCCAACAGCAAAAAUAUCCGUCCGCACCACUCCAUUUUGACAUCGAGCCAUAUCGCUCAAGCUGUCACCUUUGUGGAAAACAGUGAAGAACAGACUUUAUCCUAUUUAUAACACAACAGUGGAUAACACAACAGAAAGACCGAGGCAUUGUGAGCUACCAGUAAGACUGCAUAAAGUUUGGUUUUAAUCUCAGUUUUAACAUUCCAACAAUAUCAGUGUUAUAGUAUCUUGAAAAUAGCACAGGUGACAGUGCGGUGCGCUCACCAAAUGUUCAUUAAAUGAUCAUGUUUCUGUGCAACCUGAUUUUUCAGAAUUCAGUGCUGGGAAGGAUUUCUGGGAAGGAGGUGUGUGUUCGUGUGUGUGUGUGUGUUCGUGUGUGUGUGUGUGUUCGUGUGUAACACGUUUUUCAAGGGUCACUGCUGAGGCAAGGACACAUACAGCUCUGUGAUUUUCUAAUCCUAGCAGUUAAAUAAACACAUUUAUUCAAUAUUUCUCUCAGCCAUUCUCUUUGUUACUAACACAGCACGUUGGUGCACAGCCCUCCUCUCAACCUGAGCCACCUAGAAAAGGCAAGGACACAUUUAGUUCUUUUGUAACUAUUGCUUGAUAAAUGAAUAAAAUAGGAGUGGGGUGGUUGGCCUGGUUCUCAUUUUAUUAUUUUUUUAUUUUCAUUUAUUUAUUUUUAUUUAUUUAUUUAUUGUUUUGUCUGGGCUUUUCUUUGUGGAGUUUGCAUGUUCUCUCUGUGCCUGUGUGGGUUCUCUCUGGGUACUUUGGCUUCCUCCCACAGUCCAAAGACAUGCAUGUUAUUUGGUGACUCUAAAUUACCCGUAGGUGUGAAUGUGAGUGUGAGCGGUUGUUUGUCUAUAUAUGUUGGCCCUGUCAUGGACUGGCAAUCCGUACAGGGUGUACCCCACCUCUCACCCAAUGACAACUGGGAUAGGCUCCAGCCCCCCACGACCCUUACAGAUAAGCAGUAUAGAUAAUGGAUGGAUGGAUGAUUUUUUUCAGGCUAUUUAAAGUUAAAGAUGAUCAUCAAUAAACAACUAGCACAUUAAUGUUUUUAACAUUUGCACCAUUAUUAU